UGAAGGCGUUUAAGCCUUUGAAUACUCCUGUUGAACUGUAUUAGGCUCAGUGAAUACCUUCUUGGCAGGUAGGCCAUGGCUGUAGCCUAAAUUGCUCAUUGUACCCAUGGGGCAUCCAGCUCCCUGGAUUUCUGGGUAAAUUGAUAUAUAUGGCUAGACUCUUUUUCUUUAUCUUUUUAAUGGUAGAGUGCCAAUGAUUGUCUGCCUAGUCAUAUUCAGGCCAGUUCGUCUGAGAAUAUCAAAUAGAUAACCCAGUGGUGCACUUGCAAUCGCACUGACAACAUCUAGCAGUUUGUCGUUCAGUGUUAUUUUAAACCGGACUGUAUCAAAUGAACCAUCAGGCAACCAACUCUAAGGUUAUUUGGUUAUUUGGAGAGUUACUGUAACAACAAACUUGUUUGAUUAUUAGUUCAUUUGUCAUUUCUGAAGUGUUUAAGCAACAUGCACUAGCUCCUGUUUAGCCACGUUGUUAGGAACCUUUUAGACUAAACAUCGUAUUUGGAAAAGAUGCAAUACGCAGGCUUUGAUAAGCCAAGUCAAGUAAGUUACAGUGAUGUCUGUCCUCUACCGUUCUACAGCCUCCACUGUUCUUUUCUCUUUUUUUCGAAAUGGGCAACUUGAAACCGUCCGUGCUGAAUAACAUUCGCUGUUCCAACAACCUCCCUCCUCUUGCUGGAUCCCGGAAGUGCCUCGCUACACUCCAUGAGGAAGAGAUUGCAAGAACUGAGUUUCCUGGAUGUCAGAUGACACAGACUUACCAGGUUCCAGCUGUUACCUGGAUGAGAGGACCUUCCGUCUCAGCUGCGGACUCUUCCUGGAGCAUUCCCAUUCCCUCAAUGAUGGAUGGGCCUGGAAGGAAGUCAAUGGGUCAGAGGCCGAAGGCUACAUGAAAAAAACAGUGAUGGUUUCCUGUCAAGUCAGUGGUAUGCCAUACCAGAGCAGCCAAAGCAAACCAGUGGAAGCCAGUGAUGCCCUGAUGGAAGAUGAACAGUUGUGUUGUGAUCAGGAGGAGGCCGGAGGCGAGCAGACAGCAGUGGCUGAGGGCCAGCCUGUGGUGCGGUACGAGUACCACGUGCUCUACUCCUGCAGCUACCAGAUCCCCGUCCUCUACUUCAGGGCGUCCACGCUAGAGGGACGGUCACUGUCAUUAGACGAGGUGUGGAAUAAUGUCCACCCCAACUACCAACAGAGGCUACGGCAAGGUCCAUGGGACACCAUCACCCAACAGGAGCAUCCACUGCUUGGUCAGCCGUUCUUCAUGCUGCACCCGUGUCGGACGGAGGAGUUCAUGAGGCCGGCGCUGGAGACUGCACGCGCCGAACAGAAGGGAGUGAAUUACAUUGUGACGUGGUUGAGUGUGGUGGGACCAGUGGUGGGACUGGAUGUUCCCCUCAGCUACGCACUGGCAGUGGGCACGCCUGCACCGAAGGCAGUGGCAACAGUAGCAACACCAGCAUCAACACCGGUGUCAGCAGCAGCAUCAACAUCAACAUCUGUCCCGGACUGAAGCGAGCCCCCGGUCUCUCCCACGCCAUCUGUGACAGCCCAGGCCCCGCCACCACGUGGGGCUCACACGAAUGGAGCCUCUCAAAACAAGCUGCCUGCUUGCAUCCCUGAAGAAGAUGUCGACUCUGCGCUACCCCCUGCUGUGGUGUGUGUGUGUCUGUGAGGCGACCCUGCACGACCAUGUCGUCUCAAACAGAAAAGAUGACUACUUUAAAUGGCUGGAGAUAACAUCAGCAUGUUGAUAUUUUGCCACAGUGGCUAAGCAUGGUGUGCUUUUAAUGCUCUUGACAUUGACUUACAAAGGCAGAUUGCUGUCUGUUCUUCAAAGGGUAAUAAACAUAUUGAUUUCUCUCUCUCUCUCUCUCGCACUCUCGCUGCGAGCUGCCUCGGAGUGAGUGUUCCUCCAUUACGUGCCUCACUUGACCUCAAAUGGGCUCCAAAUGACAUCACGUUUUCCCAGGAAAAAAGCACAACGUCAGUUUCCUGGUGAAGCCCAUUUCACGGCGUCAGGAGUGAACAAGCACUGCGAAGCAGCUCACUGCGGUGGUGGUAGUGACGGUGUCGGCACUGUUCCCCUGUCAGUGUGACUGACUGGUCAGAUUAGCCUUCCGACAUGCUCCCCUCUCCACAUGCAGAGAUGAGAGGCCCCUGCCCGGCUGAAUGGGAGCAGAGGCACAAUGUGUUAUUGCACGGCUUGUUUGUUUUUGUUUAUCUGUGGGUGGGUUGUUUGGUCUGAGAGAGAGAGAGAGACAGAGAGAGAGAGAGACAGAAGCUGCCAUCUUAUGUGUAGGUGCCUGUGACUCACUUGUUUUUUUUUUUCCUGCUGGUUAUUUUGAGGGAAGGUUAGCUUUUGAUGUUGACAAUAAUGAAGGGAUGUUCUUCAGUGUUUAUGAUUGGAGUAUGAAUGUGUGGGAAGACCUAUAAAUAACAUUCUUACUGAAGAUGAAGAUGGAGAAAUGGUGAGGCAGAGUAAAACAUGUGAGAAGCCACAUUCUGUAAGCAGAUCCAAAUGAAAUGGAACAUGAAUGCCAGAGACAUAAACAUGCAGUGAUGUUGGGGAAAAGGUAGGGACCUACUGUACUUUAUAAAAGGUUCUCUUGCUUGAAUAAUGAGGGUUUUUUGUUUUUUUUCAACUACUGCCACUCGUUGGCCAAAAGCAGUGAAACUUAACAGAUACAGUCCUCAACAAAGCCUCGUUCACAAUACAGAAUUUGAUUAAAAAAAUCAGCCUACUAGACUAGCCUACUACUAGUCACAAAGACUAGUGGCCUCAUGAGCCAAGGCCAUUGGACAUUUGACAGAGACUCUGAAAUCCUUUUCAUCAUGUUUUUUUUUAUAUAUACGAGUAGAUUCAUCUGAGUAUGACCUCAUAACUAAAGCGAGAUGGAGAUGGACGCCUAUCUUGCAGUAGCUCUCGUUCCACCAUCAGGAAUUGGCUGGAAAUACAUUCAAAUUGCUAUCCUAGUAUCUGAGCACAUUUGCAAACCUAUAUACAAGGACAGAGUAAUCAGCAGGUAUAGUGAUUUGAUCCUCAAAAGAACAGACUGAGUAAUGCACAUCAUUCCAUCAGCCCACUCAAAUUAUAUCAGUUUCAUUCUGUGUAGGAAAACAUUGUCCUCUAAAGGGAAAGCUCGAAAAGCUAAUAUUAAAGGCAAAAUGUUGUGGUUGAAUCCUCCCCGCAGUGUUCUAUGUAAACUGGUUGAGGAUGUGAAAGUGUAUUUGUGUUGUGGACUGCUGGUGUGUUUGGUUGGGGGAGGGAGGGAGUGUGCCAACAGGGAAAGUCCUCACUCAGCAGGACUAAAUGGGUCAGGCUUCUCUCCUGGGGACAGAUCUGUAUCGGUAAGGGGGUCAGGCUGUUACCCAGCGCUGCAGUACUUAUUGGACAGGCUGCUGUUUGGGUGGAUGGGCUUAAAUGAGACAGCUUUGCAUCCCGGGCAACACCUGUACUACUGUGCAAAGACCGAUUUUUGAGAGCAAUAGAACAGCAGGAAUCAGAGACCAUUGUUAUUGAAUGUGAAAUGGAAGAGUUGUAGAAUGAUAGAAUUGAAGAAUGAUAAAGCCAAGUGCUGUUAUACCUUAAAUAAACCACCAAAUUUGGCA